AUGGCAGAUGAAGCUGCGAGAUUAGCGGCUGAGGCUGAAGAUGCUAGAAUUGUUGCUGAAGCCGCAACCAAUGUUGAUGGACCUAGAACCCUUAGAGAUUAUUUGCAGCCGGAAAGGACUUCUACACCUUCUUGUAUAGUUCUUCCGGCUAAUGUUGGCAACGUGUCGAUUAAGUAUGGGCAGAUACAAGCACUGCCUAAGUUUCACGGAUUGGACUCCGAGAGUCCAUACAAACAUUUGAAAGAAUUUGAUGAGGUCUGUACUACUAUGCCUUUUGUUGCUGUGACUCAAGAUGUUGUAAAACUGAAAUUGUUUCCAUUUUCUCUCAAGGAGAAAGCUAAGACUUGGCUGCAUUCUUUGCGGCCAAAUACCAUUAGGACAUGGAAUGAAAUGACUAGAGAGUUUUUGAAAAAGUUUUUUUCUAUUCAUAAAACCACCACUCUUCGCAAAAAUAUUAUGAAUUUUUAUCAAAAUGAACAUGAGUCUUUUUUCGAGUGUUGGGAAAGGUUUAAAGACUUACUUUCUAGAUGCCCUCGGCAUGGUUAUGAAAUUUGGAGAGUUAUUAACUUCUUUUAUGAGGGUAUGAAUUCUGGUAUGCAUCAGUUUGUUGAAAUGAUGUGUAGUGAGAAAUUUCUGAAUAAGUCACCUGAUGAUGCUUGGAGUUAUUUCGAUUCACUAGCUGAAAAUGCCCAAAAUUGGGACACUUCAGGCACAGCGGAUGGAAAUAAGUCCAAAGCUUUAGCUAGUUCUAGGCAUGGAAUGUAUGUGUUGAAUGAAGAACAUGACUUGAAUGCUAAGAUUGCUAGUUUGCAUCGGAAAGUUGAUGCGAUUCAGAAACCAAAUCUGGUUAAGGUAGUUGAUCCGGUCGAACAUGCUUGUGGUAUUUGCGAAAGUCUUGAACACUACACUAAGGAUUGUCCUACAAUUCCAGCAUUUCAGGAAGUGUUACAUGACCAAGCAAAUUCCAUGGAUACUUAUAAAAGACCAUUUAGCUCCCCAUAUUCAGAAACGUACAAUCCAAAUUGGCGAAAAAAUCCUACAAUGAAUGGUGUUAAUGUUCCCCAAGGGUCUUCAUCUAGUAACCCUUAUGUGCCACCUCAUAAGAAUUCUCUUGAGGAUACUUUACAUACUUUUAUGCAGGGACAGACACAGAUAAAUCAGAAUGUUAUGAAGACUUUAGAUGAGCUGAAAACUAGCAUAGUUAGAAUUGAAUCACGUCUCAAUGUUAGGGAGAAGGGGACAUUGCCUGCCCAAACUCAACCCAACCCAAAAGGAAAAAAUUCUAACUUGGAGCAAGCUAAUGUUGUCACCACUCUUAGAAGUGGUAAGGUGAUUGAGACUCCAAUGAAGGUGGACGAACCUGAGAAGUCUCCGAAGCUUAAGAGUAGUCACAAUGAUAUUCAAAAUGAACAAUCUGAAAUUGAUAAGAAAGUGCAUGCUCCAUUUCCUCGUCGUUUAUCAUCGUCUACUAAACAAUUGGCUGAUAAUAAGGAUAUCCUUGAUGUUUUUCAGCAGGUGAAGAUCAACAUACCUCUCUUGAGUGUGAUCAAGCAAUUUCCAGCCUACGCCAAGUUCUUGAAUGAUCUCUGCACGGUCAAGAGGAAGCACAAUGUGCAGAAAAAGGCAUUUCUCACGGAACAGGUAAGUUCUAUUCAUCAACACAACACUCCUCCCAAAUAUAAAGAUCCGAGAUGCCCUACUAUUUCUUGUAUAAUAGGGGAUUUCAUGAUCAAACAAGCACUUCUAGAUCUGGGAGCUAGUGUAAACCUCCUACCUUUCUCGGUUUAUGAGCAGUUUGGCUUAGGUGGAUUAAAACCCACCUCAGUCACUCUACAACUUGCGGACAGAUCCGUUAAAGUACCGAGAGGGGUAGUUGAGAAUGUGUUAAUUCAAAUCGAUAAAUUUUACUAUCCGGUGGAUUUUAUCGUUUUGGAUACUCAACUUGUAGCUAAUGCUAGUAAAGAAAUACAUGUCAUCUUAGGUCGUCCUUUUCUUGCAACUGCAAAUGCCUUGAUUAAUUGUCGAACUGGAAUAAUGAAUCUUUCAUUUGGAAAUAUGACUGUUGAGUUGAACAUAUUUGAUGCAUGUAAAGAUCCAGGUGGUAAAGAUGAUAUUCAUGAAGUUAAUAUGGUUGAAACAUGUGUGCAGUAA